AGGAUUCUGGCCGCCGCCACCUACAUAUUUUGCGCCUCUGCCAUCCCAGCCCUCGCCUUUGGCGAGCAGCUCUACUCUGAGACAGAGGGACUGCUGUCGGCAGUGCAGGUGCUGGCCGCCACCGCCAUCACGGACGUGGUGCAGGCGGUGGCGGGCGGGCAGCCAUUGUUGAUAGUGGGGGUGGCGGAGCCCAUUGUCAUCACCUACAAGUUCAUGUACGAUUUUGCCAAAGGCAGGGAAGGCCUGGGCCGUGAGCUGUUCUUGGCAUGGUCUGCCUGGACGUGCGUCUGGGCUUCGCUCUUCGUCCUAGUCCUGGCGCUGUGCAACGCCUGCGCCUACAUCUCACGCUUCACCCGCUUUGCGGGGGAGCUCUUCGGCGCACUGAUUGCGAUGCUGUUCUUGCAGCAGGCCAUCAAGGGCAGCGUGGAGGAGUUCCAGCACCAGGAGGCUGUGGAUGGGGCGGUGGCUGAGCCGCAGUCUGCCAGCUGGCAGCUGGCCAACGGCCUCUGGUCGCUGCUCAUCGCCUUUGGCGUGCUGCUGUUCAGCCUGCUGGUGCGAGGCGCGCGCUCCUGGCGCUUCUUGCGGCCUCCGCUGCGAGCGCUGUUGGCAGAUUAUGGAACAGUGGUUGUGCUGGUUGCCUUCAGCGGGCUGUCCUUUGCGGUGCGAGCGCCGGGAGGGGGCGACAUGGGGCGGCUGGAGGGCCGCUGGAUAGCCGCCGCCGCAAUCCCCGCCGUCCUCAUCACCAUCCUGUUCUUUUUCGACCACAACGUCUCCUCCCAGCUGGCGCAGCAGCCGGAGUUUGGGCUGCGCAAGCCGCCUGCCUACCAUUACGACUUCUUUCUGCUGGGCCUGAUGACUCUGCUGUGUGGGCUGCUGGGGCUGCCGCCAGUCAACGGCGUGCUGCCGCAAGCCCCGAUGCACACGCGGGCGCUGGCGAGGUGCAUGGCAGAGGGCGGCCCCAGCGACAGCGUGGUCGCCAUGCACGUGCUGGAGCAGCGGCUGUCGGGGCUGCUGCAGUCGCUGGGGGUGGGCGUCUGCCUGGCCACCAUGCCCGCCAUCCGCCAGAUGCCCACCGCCGCGCUGUGGGGUUACUUUGCCUUCAUGGCUCUCGAGUCGCUGCCCGGCAGCCAGCUGUGGGACCGUACGCUGCUGCUGCUCACAGACCCAGCGCGCCGCCCGCAGCUGCUGGAGCGCGGCCAUGCUCCCUACCUGGAGACAGUACCCUUCAGGCAAGCGGAGCUACUUUCUUUCCUGCGAACGGAGGCGGGGCGGGCCAGCUGGGUUCAGGACGCUGCAUGGGUGGGUGUCGGAUUCAUCCUGUUCCCUGUGCCCAUCAUGCUCCUAGUGCCGCUGCGCCAGUACGCCAUGCCGCGCUGCUUCCGCCACCGCCGCCACCUGCAAGAGCUGGACGCAAUGCACGAGGAGGAGGCGGCUCCCAUGAGCCACGAGCAGGCCGUCCAGGCGAGCAAGGCAGUUCCUCUGGGCCCCAGGCAGCAUGUGUUUUGUUGA